AUGUUAUCUGAAUUAGGUAGCAAUGAUGAAAUUGAAUCAGAACUUAAUCAAUCAACAAGAUCAUGUGUAUAUACUCGAAAGAAACUUCUGUACAUCAUAGUUUGUAAUUUUAUAAUAAUGAGCACGGUUAUUCCGAUAAUUAUUAUUAAAAUGAAAGUCAACGAUACAGAAACACCACCACCACCACCGACAACAAUGAUAACAGAAAACAUAUUAACAGCAACAACAACGAUGACGACGAUGAGAACAAAAGACGGAUUAACAACAACUAAAAAUUCAAGCAUGUUCAUGACUGAUACUGCUACCACCAUUCUGCCAGUAUCAACACCAGUUCCAUAUUGUAAUACCUCCAAGUGCCGUGCAAUAAUAGCAUAUUAUCGUGAACAAGGAUGGCAUUACGAUACAGCUAAGUUAGGUGAAUGUGCACAUUGUCCAUACACAAAUAAUUAUCAAUUCACUGAUAGUUGGUUGAAUAUGUGGUAUAAAGAAGAUUUCUUUAUUGAAAAUUCCAUUGGACAAGAUCUCGAAGAAAAGCCAUUAUUUACUGAUGUACGUUAUUGUGCAAAAGCAUGUUUUGAACGGUUAAAUUGUACGGGAUUUGUAAGAAAUAAGAACAUAGCAGUUGAUGCAAAUGGUGAAUGUUGGCUUAAAAAUAAUAUUACAAUAAAUCGAAUUGUUAGUCAUCCUGAAUGGCAUACAUUUGUUUUGAAUAUGACAUUUUAA